AUGAAAGUUGUCAUCUUGAUUAUAAUGUGCUUUGUCGGACUCCACAUGGGUCAAACCUUAUUAAUUCCAUAUCGCUACUGCCACCAGUGCCUUGAUUUGGACUUUGAAAACUAUGCUUAUUUUUUUUAUCGUCCGGUACCACCAAUUCGAAAGUUUUCGGAAAAUGCGACCGUUCCGUUCUGCCACAUGUCGCCACCAAAAGUUGUUAAGUGCUACCACGCGUGCAUUAUCAUGAUUCGAACAGUCCGCAACACCUAUAGUCAGUAUAAAGAUUGUGCCACCGGCAUUGAUCUUAGCAUGGUAGAUCGUAAAAGAAAUCUGACCAACUUUUUGGGAAAUGCUAGUUACAAUAAGACUCUUGGAGACCAAAAACUCGAGGUGACCUUCUUAACAGCUUCGGUUCGCAUUAAGAACUAUAACAGUCCCUGGUAUGAAGUGAUUCUGUUGACCUCCGCACUUGGCAUUCUUGGAUUUCUGCUCAUGAUUAUUUACUGUAAGAAUGACAUUAUGAACAUUUUGAGCUGCCAGCGAGAGCAACAAAACGUCUCCGCCGCCGCCGCGACUUUCAACCGGAGCGAGGGAGUUCGAUUCAUGUCGACCAGACGCUCACUUCCUGAUGAGGAUCUCCAAUAA